CAAUGCGUCGAAACUUAAUUUAUAGUUUGCUCUGCGUUCUUUUAUGUUUCCAAACUAUAUCAACGCAAAAGUUAGUUUCCAGCAGUGCACAAUGUUUAACACCAAUGGCGAAACGCGGAAACUGUGUACGAAUAGAUCGCUGUCCGAAGCUAUAUGCAUUAGCGAAAAGCAACAUCAUUUCACGGGAUGGAAGUGAAUUGCUAAUGAAGAGCAAAUGUGGUGAUUUCAUGGUGUGUUGCGAAGAACCCUCGGUCAUCGAGCCGGAAGAUGUCACCGCUCCACCGAGAACCACCUUCGCAGUUCAAACCACUACGACAACUACCGAGGCACCGACAACUUCUGAAGCACCAACAACUUCUGAAGCACCGACAACUAGUGAAGCACCAGUACGCACAACCACGGAAGCAGCACUACCAAAUGAGACGGUUUGCGGUAUCGACAAUGUAGGCGAACGAAUCUACGGAGGUUUAACCACCGAUCUGGACCAGUUCCGCUGGACGGUAGCUUUGGAGUACAACAUAAAGGGUUCCAGGGACGUGAAAUGCGGUGGUUCACUGAUCAAUACACGUUUCGUUGUUACAGCUGCGCAUUGUGUGUGGAGAAAUACUGCUGACCAAUUGACGGUACGACUAGGAGAGUGGGAUUUAAAUCAGGAUCCCGAUUGUGAUUUAGACGAUAAUUGCAACGAUCCGGUGCGCUUUGAAAAAGUUGACCAAAUAAUAGUGUACCCAAAUUAUAGAGGAUCUAAAACUCAUGAUAUUGCACUGCUAAGAAUGAAAACGGCUCUACCUGCAAAUUACACAAAUUUCAUUCUUCCGAUUUGUCUGCCCAGGACACCGGAACUUCUAAGUAACACGUUUACAAACUACAAUGUAACCGUGGUUGGAUGGGGGUUCACAGAGUCGAGACAAAGGAGUUCUCGCAAAUUAAGUGCCAACUUAGUGGUCACCAGUUUACAAAACUGCGACAAAAGUUUGAGAAUGUUUUUGCAGAACACAGUUUUAAAUGAAUCGCACAUUUGUGCUGCAUCACCAACGUAUGAGAAACGUGACGCUUGUAAAGGUGAUUCUGGUGGUCCGUUAAUCACUAAUUUAAAUGGCAACUGGUAUCUGGUCGGAAUCGUAAGUUUUGGCCUACCAUGCGGAAGGUCAAAUUUGCCAGGCGUUUAUGUUAGAGUGAACAACUAUAUGGACUGGAUACAAGAAAAUAUUAUAUAGUUGGCACCGGUAACAGUUGAUAGCGGUUUUAACGGCUAUUUUUUCUUA